UUCAAUCUGCGUCACCGUGAUGACGCCGCCAGGUCCAGGAGGCCGGUGCUGGCUACGAUGGAUUCUCGGCUUCCUGGCCUUGCAGGUCCUGUGGGGCGGCAGUCGAAGCUUUACACCCACCCGAAGUCAGUGGGGCAAGGCGGGGCGCAGCGCAGUGGCCCUAGCGGCCGUGGUAGAUGUCACGACAGCCGAAGAGCUGGAUGAGGCGAUUGCGAAGACUGCCCAAGAGGAGCCCAAUGUGUUGAUCGUGGGCUACUCUACCACUUGGUGUGGUCCUUGCAAACUCAUGGAUCCCAAGGUCAAAGAGCUCAGUGAAAUGUUCGAAGGAAAGGCGUCUUUCCUCAAGGUGAUGGGAGACAAGGAUGCAGCUCGCAUGCAGAUCAUGAAGCGAGAGCAAGUCAGAACUGUGCCUCUGUACCAGAUUUACAAGGACGGCCAGAAGGUGGGCUCGGUCUCAGGCGCGGAUGCGGAGCGCUUGACCAGCAAGAUCGAACAGCACACCGGCAUGAAGGCCACCCAACCGAGCAACAGCUGAGCGGAGCUCAGCGCGGAGCAUGGCGACGGCUCGGGCGAUUUUUCAUUUGUGGAGUUCUGG